UAAACAUUUUUAUAUAAAUAAAUAUAAAUGUAUUAAGUACUAUUAAGCUUAGUUUUUUAUUUGUAGGAUUUAGAAUUUAGUAUCGCAUAAAGGGAGCUAUCAACUUGUCAGUCACAUGACCAAAUAGUUGAAAAUGUCGGCAUUUAUUCGUUUGGGUCUACUUUCGGUUUUCCAAACAAUAUUUUUAUUACUCUUGUGUAAUACGUGUUUGGCUACAAAUUAUUAUGUAGGAACGGGUAUUGGAGAUAUCACAGGCCCAGCUGCACAGGUUAAUAUGAUGGGUUAUGCUAACCCUGGACAAACUAGCCAUGGCAUACAUCUCAGACAGUUUAGUCGAGCAUUCAUCUUCGCUACAUCCCCAACCAGUGCUAGAUCAGUAUUUGUUAGUCUUGAUGCUUGCUGGUCACCUGGUGCAGUGAAACAACAAGUUGUCAAGCAGUUGAAGUUAGUUUAUGGUGAACUAUACACAGAGAGAAAUGUUGCUGUCAGUGGGAUCCACACACAUGGUGGUGCUGGGGGAUUCAGCCAAUAUUUGUUGUAUGAUCUCACAGCUUUUGGAUUCAAUCAGCAGAAUUUUGAGGCUCUUGUUAAUGGAACACUGCAGAGUAUCCACCAAGCCCACAAGUCCCUGCAGCCAGCUGACAUCUACAUGAACAGUGGAGAGCUUUUAGAUUCCAACAUCAACCGCAGUCCAACAGCUUAUCUUAACAAUCCUGAGGCUGAGAGAGCUAAGUAUAAAUAUGAUGUUGACAAAGAUUUUGUUGUUCUAAAGAUAGUUGAUGGUGCGGGAAAAGGAAUAGGCAUGAUCAGCUGGUUUGCAGUUCACUGCACUAGCAUGAACAACACAAACAAGCUGCUGACCUCUGAUAACAAGGGUUAUGCCUCCUUACUCUUUGAGCAGCAGUUAAACCCAGGAGCACUGCCAGGAAAGGGCCAGUUUGUAGCAGCAUUUGCCCAGAGUAAUUUAGGGGAUGUCUCUCCCAAUACUAAAGGGCCUCAUUGUCUGGAUACAGGCUUGCCAUGUGAUAGAGACACAAGUACUUGCAAUGGAAGGAAUGAACAGUGUGUGGCGUUUGGUCCUGGUAACGAUAUGUUUGAAAGCACCAAGAUCAUUGCAACUAACCAGUUUAACAAAGCAUUAGAGCUGUACAAUAGUGCUACUAUCAAACUGAGUGGUCCAGUAGACUUCAGACAUUCUUAUGUUGAUAUGACCAUACAGAAUGUUACUUUAGCCAGUGGAGCCACGGUUCAAACCUGCAAGCCAGCCAUGGGCUAUAGUUUUGCUGCUGGUACAACUGAUGGUCCUGGUGCUUUUGAUUUUAAGCAAGGUAGUAACAGCAGUAAUCCAUUCUGGAAUUUAGUCAGAGACCUCAUCAAAGAGCCAACCAAGCGACAGUCCGAGUGUCAUUACCCUAAACCAAUUUUACUAGAUACUGGAGAGAUUAAAGAACCAUAUCUAUGGCAACCCCAAAUAGUUGACACUCAGCUCAUUCGUGUUGGUCAGUUUGUGAUCAUCGUAGUCCCUGGAGAGUUUACUACCAUGUCUGGCAGAAGAAUGAGGGAACUAAUUUACAAUACACUUGUCCAAGAAGGAUUUCCAAGUGACUCAAAAGUGGUCAUAGCUGGCUUAUCUAAUGAAUAUGCAGACUACAUUACCACAUUUGAAGAGUAUCAGAUCCAGAGAUAUGAAGGUGGGUCAACAAUUUAUGGUCCACACACACUUGAUGCAUACCUGCAGAUCUACAAGCAGCUUGCUGUUUACCUUGCACAGGGAAAGCCCUCUCCACUUGGACCACCCCCACCCAACCAGUUAGGCAAGCAGAUCUCACUUUUGCCUGGCGUAAUAUAUGACUUACCUCCUAUUGGAAAACAUUUUGGCCAAGUGAUUAAAGAUGUCCAACCCUCAUAUGUCCAGGGUUCCUCUGUCACAGUAACAUUUGUCAGUGCCAAUCCCAGAAAUGACCUCAGGACAGGUGAUUCAUUUCUAACUGUAAUGCGUAAAGACACUUCAGGAAAUUGGAUCCCUGAGUACACAGAUGCCCAUUGGGAAACAAGAUUUAAGUGGGUGGAUACAGGCUUUAUUCUUGGUACUAGUGAAGCUGAAAUUGUUUGGGAUAUACCAAUAGGACAACAACCUGGGGAAUACAGAAUUGAACACAGGGGAACUUCAAAAAGUAUAACUGGAACAAAGUCUGCAUUUAUUGGUCAGUCCAGCACUUUUAUUGUCAAGACUGCUCAAAAUAUAGCAUAAAAAUGUAAGGAUAACGUGUUUACAUUAUUUAUUGUGUUGACAUUAUUUUAUUGUGUUUACAUUAUUUUAUUGUGUUUACAUUAUUUUAUUUAAAUUACAAUAUUUAGUGUAUUUUACUUUUUUUUAAAAGAUCUGCCAAAUAUGUAAUAUCUAAGCUAUGUUUUCCAUGUUUUGACUCCACCAUCGUACUAUUUGAUCAGUCUUUUUCUGUUUUUAUUUUUGUUUUUUAUUUUACACGUUAUUUUCAGACAACUGUAUAUACUAAAAAAAUGAAAGGAAUAUAAAUGUUCAAUAUUUUCCAUCACUAUUAUAUUUAUGGGACACUUAAUAAAUAUAAAACAAAAUAUCUUAAACAGAACAUUGUUAUAAGCAGAAUUUUUAAGGAUUAAAAUAGUGAUUCACUUUCACAAAUUCAUUGUACAUUGUGUAAUGAAACUAGAUAUUGCUUAAGUGGCAUGAGUAAAAAAUAAAGUAGGAACUUGAAACAUUUCUUUAUUGUCUGUACAACACUCGGCUCAAGGUUUACAGUUCAGCUCUCUAAACAUCUCAACUACUGAUGGUGAGACACUAUCUAAAACAGAAUUUGGUGCAAAUUAAGUUUAUCUCUGAUUUUACAAGAUGAUAAAUUAAUAGUUUGCUCCUUCAGUAAGCUCAUAAUUAAAUAUUACUGUAAUGAGGUUUUUUUGCAGUGAUAUUUUUAUGCUUGUUGCGUUACUUGUUAAACAUCAAAUGUAUUUUUUAUAUUAGAGUUGUUUUUUUUCAAUUUUUAUUAUUUAUAGCCUUAUGAGAUUUUACACUUUUUUUACAAAGAAAAUUUUUAAAAUAAUUACAAUAUUUAGAAC